AUUCACACCCACUGUUUUCAUCUUUCAUCUGACCGUGAAAUCGCGUCUCUUUCCCACCCAUCUUAACACCAAGAUAACACGAACCCCAUUCUUCCACACAUCUCUCAUAAUCUGUCCUUGACUCCCGAGAUUGACUGGAAACAAUAACACUCACGCAAAACUCCCGGUGCCCAUUCACUGACAUCGCGCUCAAGCUCUGAGCUCUCCCAGCUUAUCGGCCCAGUCUUCUCGCAACACUGUCUGGCAAACUCGGACUUGAUUCCAAAGUCGCCGCCCAGUCCACAAGAUGACAAACAGCUCUAAGAUGCUAAAAGAUGCUCAAGCGGGGGAGCUAUGCGACUUGGAACUUGAUUGUGAUGGGGUGAGGCUCACCGUCCACAAGAUCGUGGUCUGGAAUGAGUCGGAGGUGAUCAAAACUGCUUGCAAGAGUAAUUUCAUGGAAGGUCGCACCAACGUCAUCCAGAUCCGAGAUUUCUCUCUAGCUACCGUGAACCGGAUGGUGCAUUACAUGUACCUCGGUGACUAUACGUUGAAAAACAAUUUCAGGUGGGCUUCAGAACCCGCGCAGCCUACCGUUGAGACAAUCUUGAAUCCGCCCACCGCUGCCACAACAGACACCCAAUCCGACCUCAUCUGCUUCUCCGAGGCAGCUCCCAAGACCACCGCCUCCACACCACCCACAACUGCGGAGGCCCUGCGCCCUCAUCUCGAGAUGAGUAUGAUUGCGGGCUACUACAUGCUGCCAGGCCUGGAAGCCUUAGCACUGAACAGAAUAAAAACGACGGCUUCAGAACAGCCCUGGUCGCCUGCUGGGUUCGACGACUUGGUCUCGGAAGUCUAUCCUUCCAUUCCUCAUGAGGCAACUCGAGGUUAUUUAUGCACCAUGGUCGUUGAACACCUGAAUGACUCCCGAGCAACGAGAACCUGUUCCCACAUCUGUUCUCGCGGCAGGUUAUCUCAAUCCUGAAAUCAUUCGAACUUGAGGUAUCUUGUUUGAAGCUUCAGAAAGACCACAUGGAGCGAAAACUUCGAGAACUGAAAGCCAAUCUGGAAAGUAUCAAUGAUAUCUGCGAGUGCCGUCACUGUGGAGAAGCGUUCCAGAGCUAUAUCCAGCUUGGGGGGAGAAAUAGUUCAAAUUGCAAGCUCCGUUGCAGAGAGUGCAGGACUCGACAUGAACCACUGGCGUGAUGGCUGGUCGCUGUAUCUGUCCUUGCAUCCUAUCGAUGGUCUAAUGAGUUCUGGAGUGAGUUUCGCAAAUGAGUCUGGCCCCUGACUGUAUUAUGUCACAUUAUCUGGCUUUGUAUGCUA